UCUCUUUGGUCUUCAGUUAGAUUUUUAAAUUUAUUCGGAUUUUCUCUAAGUUUUACCUUACAAAUAUCGUUUUAAAUUUGCAAAGACUGAUUUGACAGAGACGUAUCAUGAUCAAACUUAUGAAUGAUGUCAUUAAGAGGAGAAGUUCUCACGCUUUAUAGAAGAAUAUUUCGACUAUCCAGCAAAUGGCAAAAUAUCACAGCUAGCAUCGAAGAUUCAUCCAUAGAAAAAAGUUACAUCCAAAAUGAAGCUAGGACAUUAUUUCACAAGAACAAACAUUUACAAAAUGAGGAUGAGAUAAAAAUGCAUAUUAAAGAAGCAGAAACAAGAUUAGAAAUGGCAAUACAUUACAAGAUGCCAUACCCAAGACCUCUGAAUUUACCUCAGACGUUGUUACCACCCACAGGCAAGAAAUUAAAGAAAGCUCAGAAAAGGAUGUUAGAACAAUCAAAGCCGUUAUAUUUAAAGUCUUAUGAUGAUACAUGAAAUAUUUAUGUAAAUAGUAUUGUACAUACAUUAUAUUAU